GUUCCAUGACGUCAUAAACAAACAGGGCAUUUUUCAUUGGUUCAUAUUUUUGCCACAUCAUGUUAUCGCUAUCAUUGGUGCUAUAUUUAAAACAUCUGUAUCUGUGACGUGUUUCUUUGUGCCAGUGAGGGAGAGUCUGUUUUUUCUGAUACUUUCUCCGGUUCCGCCUCAGUCCAGGAGGGGGCGGCGGUGCGUCUCCGAGCCGGUUCGCCAGUAAACAGCGGUGCGCGGUGAAGAAGAAGCCGCUCCUCCUCAGGUGCUCCUCGGUUCUUCUGCACAGAUUCAAACUUCACCUGCGAACAACAACCAGAGCGGAACUGCUCCGUCCUCAGGAGUGAACAGAACCACUCCGGCUGACAUGCCCGACUCGAGCGAGCCCGGAUCGAGGGUUUCAGACCCGCAGCAUUCACAGAAGCUGCUCCGAGUCCUUCGCACCUUCUGGCAGGAGAAGAGUUUCCACGAUGCUCUGCUGGUGGUGGAUGGAGAGGAGCUUCCUGUCCAGAAAAACAUCCUGGCUGCUGCUAGUCCCUAUAUCAGGACCAAACUGAACUACAACCCCCCAAAGGAAGAUGGGUCUACGUACAGAAUCGAGCUGCAGGGAGUCUCCAUGGCAACCAUGAAACAGAUCCUCGACUACAUCUUCAGUGGUGAAAUCACUCUGAGUGAAGAGACCAUCCAGGACAUGGUGCAGGCGUCCGACCUGCUCCUCAUGACCGACCUCAAGUCGCUGUGCUGUCAGUUCUUAGAGAGCUGCAUCACCGCCGAGAACUGCAUCGGCAUCCGACUCUUCUCUCUGCACUACUGCCUCUACCACGUCCACUACGCCGCCACCGAGUUCCUGCAGACGCAUUUCCGUGAUGUGGUGCUCACCGAGGAGUUCAGGGAGCUGCCCCGGGACCGGCUCGGCGAGGUGCUCGCCAUGGAAAAGCUGAACGUGGGCAACGAAAAGCACGUGCUGGAGGCUGUGGUGCGGUGGUUCGCACAUGACCCAGAGGAUCGCAGGGUUCACAUGAAGGAAGUGAUGUCUUCAGUUUGGCUGCAGGCUCUGGACCAGAGCUACCUGAGAGAGCAGGCCUUGGGGGAGCCUCUGAUGAGGGAGGUGAUCAGAGAGCACUGUCAGGCCGUGCUGGGGGACGUUCAGCCGCAGGGUGAGGCUAUACUCGCCGCCUUCAAACCCAGAGGUUACUCCGAGUGUAUCGUCCUCGCCGGAGGAGAGGAUCGCAAAAGCAGGAAGCCGACCGCCACGACGCGCUGCAUGUGUCCGCUCUACGACAGCAACAGACAGGCCUGGAUCGAGCUGCAGGCCAUGAGCGUCGCCCGCCUCGGCCACGGGGUGGUUACUGCCGAGGGAUUUCUGUUCGUGAUGGGCGGAACAGAUGAGCACAACACAGUCCUGGACUCUGGAGAGAAGUACGACCCUGACUCCAACACCUGGAGCCCCAUACCCCCGAUGCUUCAGGCUCGUCAGAACUUUGGCGUGGUGGAGCUGGACGGCCUGAUCUACGUCCUGGGAGGAGAGAACAAGGAAACGGAGCUGAUCACCGUCGAAGCGUUUGACCCUCACUUCAAUACGUGGAAGUUGCAGACCAGCAUGACCAUGAUCCGCAAGGUCGGCUGCUACGCCUCCAUGAAUAAGAAAAUCUACGCCAUGGGAGGGGGCUCCUACGGGAAGCUGUUUGACUCUGUCGAAUCUUUUGACCCCAAAACUCAGCAGUGGACCGGCCUCUGUCCUCUGAAAGAGAGGAGGUUUGGUUCGGUGGCGUGUGGCGUCGGACAGGAGCUCUACGUGUUUGGCGGCGUGAGAAGCCAAGAGCCUGACAACCCCGAGCAGAGGCAGAUGACGACCUGCAAAUCUGAGUUCUACCACGACGACAUGAGAAGGUGGAUGUUACUCGACGACCAAAGUCUGUGCAUCCAGACCAGCUCGUCCUUCGUCUACGGGGCCGUGCCCAUCGGUGCAAGCGUCUAUGUGGUGGGAGACCUGGACACUGGCACAAACUUCGACUACAUCCGCGAGUUCCGCCGCAGCACCGGGACGUGGCAUCGCACCAAGCCCAUGUUAGCCAGCGACCUCUCCAAGACGGCCUGCGCCGCCCUACGCAUCGCCAACUGUCGACUGUUCCGCCUUCAGCUGAGCCAGGGCAUGUUCCGCAUCAGAGUCUGAUGUGAGGACGCCGGCUCGCGACCCUGCGUCGUCUCCACGCUCCUCCACUUUUGCACACCGGUACUUUCUCUCUGUUGUAGGAACAUAAAGUCUUUAAUCGCUACACGCUGACGGUCGGGGGGUUAAACGUGAGACCCGUUUCCUUUAUGACUCGAAAGGGCAAAAGUUCAUCUUUUUAACAUUAUAGGUUUUGGUGCAAUUUUAUUUACCUGAAUUUUUUUUUUUCUUUUUAACGUGGAAUUUGAAUUUUUUAAAAAAAAUCUUUAUUUGAAUGUA